AUGAAGAGGGUUAUUUUGCAUCGUUCUCUCCGCUCUUUCAACAACAAAACACAGCAGCAACUGCUUUUUCCGCACCAUUCUUCUUCAACAGUAGCAAUUCUUCUCUCUAGUCAUCAUCAUCAUCAACAAAAUUUUAGCACUCAUCCCUGCUCGAAUGAAGGAGUUAAACAAAUAGAAUUGGACCAAGCAAGCAAGAAAAAACUUGCCAACAAGAAACUAUCUCUAAAGGAUAUUCAUAAACUCAUCGAGGAAAAUAUCGCAAGAAGUAGAGGUGGUAGAGCCAAUUACGAUGGUUCAGACGUUUAUCAAGCUGCGACAACAUCAAAGAAAGCUAAAAACAUUUCUCCCGAGGCACCCUUCCAGGCUAAUUCACCAGAUUCUCCUCAAGGAAAUACAUGGUAUGAUUAUUAUCGUUACAUAGAAAGAGCUGAUAGCGAUGUGUUCAAUCAUUACUUAAAAACUCCUGUAAACGCCAAUACAUCAGGAUGGCUCUACAACAAACCACCAACAAGUCAUAUGGAGUUCAUGAGUGCUGUGAAUCAAUUUACAGAGGUUGCUCAAGAUUGGAGAGAAGGUAAACUCGCUGGUGAUGAUAUUCAACACCGUAAAAUGAUGGAAUAUCAAUUACAUCAGUUACCUCAAUUCAAAACUCGCCCUCCAGAUCCAUUUGCCAACAAUCAACACUACAUUGAAAAGAUUUCAUACAAGAAUCCAAACCUCCUUCUCAAAUUUGUUUCGCAAACUGGUCGUAUUAUUCCAAAGAGAUUUACUGGUGUUAGAAGAAGAACUCACAAGAAGAUUCAAGAUGAAGUUAAAAAGGCUCGUCAUCUUGGACUUCUUUCUUUCACUGGAGCCUCUCUUGAACAAGGAAACUUGUUGAAUCAAAUUGAAAUUCCUUACAUCUCCAACGAAUUUAAUCUCAAAAAUCGUACUGAAAUUCAUUUGACCAAGUCUCAACAAGUUGAUAACACCAAAUUCUAUCUUGACAACCUAUCAAAGAAUAUUAGUACAUCUGGUACUAUUGAAUGGAUUCCACCAGAAAAGAACAGAAAUCCACGUGCAGGCAUUAAACAGCAAAAGGCUCAAUUGGAGGGUCACUUGAAAUCACAAGUCGAGAAGAAGAAGGCCCUUAUACGAAAAUUGAGAGUGGAAAACGAAAUUUUGAAGCAACAAGAACAGCAACAACAAUAA